AAACGGCGUGGUGUGGGACGCCCAAAGUCGUCUCGAUACCCUAAUGAGAUGGAUUCGAGUGCUCGACGCAGUGUCAAUGUAAAAUCAUGUAGCAUUUGUCGACGUCAAGGGCAUAAUAAGAAAACUUGUGCAGCUAGGGGUGGUGUUGGAUCAUCGGGGUCUCAUGGAGCCGACGAUCCAUCCCGGCCCACGUGAUACUUCGGUUUUGACGUUGCAGGCGGAGCAUAGGAGUGAGGAUGUUUGGGGAGGGGGUAUGGACAGGCUUUUGACGUGUCGGGAGCACGUGCUUGGUUUAGGAGAGUGGGUGAUACAUGAUCGAGUCUUGGAGUUUGUUAGAUUAGCAGGGUUCUAUGGUGUACAUAGAUUGGUUGGUGGUGGAUUAGCCUUAGAUAGGUCUUUGAUCACAGCAUUGAUUGAGAGAUGGAGACAGGAGACGCACACUUUUCAUUUGGCUGUUGGUGAGGCUACUAUUACUCUGCAGGAUGUCGCUGUUUUGUUGGGGCUCAGAGUUCAUGGGGCUCCUGUCACAGGGGAUGGUACUGGGGUGUGGUCAGCUUUAGUCGAGGAGUUGUUAGGGAUACGACCAGAGCCUGGUGAUGAUGGAAAACCUGUUCUCCAGGGUUCAUCAUUGAGGAUGACUUGGUUGAGGCGACACUUCAGUCAGGGCCCCCCUGAUGACGCUGCUGAUAUUGUUUAUGAGAGGUUUAGCCGAGCAUAUAUUCUUGCACUUAUGGGGUCCAUUUUGUUUGCUGAUAAGAGCGGUGAUGCCGUGCAGCUCGUCUACUUGCCAUUGAUUCGCGACUUGCGUAGAGCUGGGAAAUACAGCUGGGGGAGUGCGACCCUUGCUUAUUUGUAUCGACAGAUGUGUCGAGCCGCUCGUAGACGAUCCCGUGACAUUGGUGGUCCACUUAUACUUCUGCAGUUAUGGUCAUGGGAGCAUAUUCACAUUGGUCGUCCGAGGAUUUCGAGAGUUCGCGAUGCUCCACCUCCUGACCCAGAGCAUCCUAUUGAGGUCGACGAUCCAUCUAUUCUUGGUACUCAGCAUCAGCGUGGAGUGGACCCCUUAGCAUGCAGUUGGCUUAGGGUUCACUUUUCAUGUGGCCAUACAGCUAGUGGACUCUCUUUCUUUAGGGAUGCACUUGACCAUCAAAAGGAGACACAGAUGACUUGGCAGCCAUAUUCAGAGACGGUACUUGGUUUACUACCCGAGAUUUGUAGAUGUGAUAGAGAUAUAUGGCGCUCAGUUGUACCGUUGAUUUGCUUUGACAUUGUUGAGUACCACUACCCAAAUCGAGUGAUGCGUCAGUUUGGAUUGGAACAGUCAGUUCCCGCUGCGUGUGACACGAGUGUUGAUCUUCAUAAUGUGGAUCGACGGCAUAAAAACAAGAAGUUUGAAGAGAUGCAUCGCAAAUAUGUGGAGGAGUGGCGUGAUCGUGAGAGUCGGAUUGUUCAAGGCACUCCUUUUGCCGGUCAUCGUGAGAGGAUGAAGGAGUAUAUGGAUUGGUAUUGUAGCAUCACGAGACUCCUCAUUACUCCUGUUACACGAUCACCCCCCACCACUCAUUAUCAGCCGUCUUCCUCUGAUAUUAUUUUGUCACAUGCAUUGGCUGAUCUUGCCUCAAGAUGCACUCGAGCUGUGGAUUCUGCGUUAGAGUUACCUCCCAGUUUGGCCCUUCCUCUCACUCUUGAUACGUUACGCAAUUUGAGUUCCUCUUGCAUUGAGACCUUAUCAAGAGUGGGGCAAGAACAUAUCCUCCAACAAUAUAAUUUAGCCUCGUCUCAGUGUACACCCGACACCUCCACCUCACAUGUUUCUCGAGGGCGUGGUUUUCGACCACCACGUGCACGCCCUCCACCACUUACUCCUCCUCUACGCUCUCUAGCACUUACUUCUCCACACCCUCCACCACCACCUUCUCCACGCCCUCCACCACCACCUUCUCCACGCCCUCCACCUCUUACUCCUCCUGCAUCUCCGCCAGCAUCACAAGUUAUUUCAUCUCCUCCUUUGCAGCUUCUCACUUACCGGCGACAAAAGGGUUGCUCUCCUAGUCAACGUCCCGAGCCAAUUGCCGAGGAGGAUGAGUCCUCAUUUUCAUCGUCCGAGCAUUCAAAGAAACAACGUAGAACUUAGAUUUGAGCUACAUUAGAAAUUUUGUGUAAUCUUUUGUUCUUUUUGCUAGUAUUGGAACUUUUAGAACUUUUAGAAACUCAUGUGUCAUUAUUGGAACGAUUGAACUUUUGGAAAUUUUUUGUUUGCACUCUUC